AUGUUUGCAUUAUUAGCAAUCUCAACAUUAGCAUACAAUGAAGAAGACUUCAAUGCUACUAUAUUAGUUGGUGAAACAGAAUUAAAAGUUACAAAAUACACAUCCAAAUACUUAGUAAAUUCAGGUUUAUUUGUUGUAUUCAUGCCACAUCCAACAGAUAAACUAACAGGAUAUGAUUGCAAUCAAAAAUACAAUGUUACUUUAUUUAACAACACAUAUGCAGUCUUAUUCAAUGAAGAUGGAUACUUUACAAUUGAAUCAGAGACAGAUGUAACCAUCAAAAUCCUCGCAUAUCAACAGUUUGGCUACCCAAGUUGCGACAAGAAUGUAAUUUUAAUUGGAAAUCAGGAUCAGACAUUCGGAUGCCAAUCAUCUUCAAAGAUCAACCUUAAGGAAGAUUCGACAGUAUGCGUUUAUGUAGCAUUCCAAUUAAACACCGGAUCAGCAAAGAUCACAAAUUCUGGCAACUUCAAAUACACUGUUUAUGAUACAAGUGCAUUUAAGAUCAAGACAAAUCUUGUAACACAGCCAUUUAUGAUCAAAAUAUCUAAUGAAAAUAAGGCUUCCACAACAGAUUUCUUAAAUCUUUCUGUUUCAGUCUCAGGAGAAAAUCAAAUAAAUGCCUUGACAUUAGAGAAUAAUGCUAACACAACAUAUGCCAUUGUUGGAGGAGCAAAAGAAGAUGAGCCUAUUAAACCAGUUAUAAUAGUUGUCAUUGUUAUUGCAGUUCUCGCGUUUGUUGUAAUCGUAGCUGUUGUUGUAGCUUUAGUCAUUAAAUGCAAGAAAGGACCUGAUGCAUCGACAACAUCCAAGUCACCCGAGCAAUUAGAAGUCGGAAUGGUCGAUAAUAGAAAGGAAGAUGAAGGUUAUAAUCCAAUGAAAGCUACAAGCCCAUUGGCAGAUGCACACAAUCAUGUACCUGCAAAAAUAUAA